GUGCAGAUGUUGACAGAGCCCGGGCAGUUCCGCAGCAUCUCCUCCACACACACACACACACACACGCGCGCGCGCUCUCUCUAACCGGACUCUUCUUAUAUUUCUUCUUCUUCUUCAGUCAUCAUGGGUAAAGUCGAGGGAGGAAUGAAAUGUGUCAAAUUCCUGCUCUUUAUCUUCAACUUUAUAUUCUGGUUGAUGGGCUCUCUGGUUCUGGCGGUGGGUCUCUGGCUCCGACUGGAUCCAAACACAGUGUCUCUUUUAGGAGAAGACGGACCUGAUACCUUCUUCAUCGGGGUGUACAUCCUCAUCGCAGCCGGUGGUCUGGUGAUGCUGGUGGGUUUUUUCGGCUGCUGUGGAGCCGUGCGGGAGUCGCAGUGUCUUCUGGGAUUGUUUUUUGCCUGUCUUCUGGUCAUCUUUGGAGCUGAAGUUGCAGCAGGAGUUUUUGGCUUCAUCAACAAAGACAAGAUCAUUCAGGAAAUAAGGCACUUCUAUGAUGAGUCUGCUGGAAACAACAACAAUAAUGCAACCGUGCAGUCCUACCACACCGUAUUGAGUUGCUGUGGUUCAUCUACAGUGACGCCAUCCUCAUGUAAAAACAUGGUAUUUAACCAGACGUGUGACGUGGCCAUUGAAGAGUUUUUCAACAGUAAGCUGUUCAUCGUGGGUUACGUGGGAAUAGGAAUCGCUGGAGUCAUGAUUAUAGGCAUGAUCUUCAGUAUGGUCCUCUGCUGUGCCAUCCGAAACAGCCGGGAGGUGAUCUAACAGAGUUCCUCCUCUCCUAAAACACAACCUUUCACCUCUGCUGGACACACACACACACACACACACACACACACACACACACACACACACACACACACACACACUCAAGAGUAACAUUCCCAAACUCAAGCCAAAAACCCUGCUGUUUAAACUCGCUGGAUCUCCUGAAUUGAACGCCUGCUGGUUCGGUGCUGGAUCCUUUCAGUCAUUUCCUCAAAUCUCUAUUAAUAUAUUCUGACAUGCGGCUCCUCCAGUCAGAUGUAUAUUCAGGCUAUUCUGGGCUGUUGCUGCGUGUCUUCACAUGCCAGAUAUAAAUAUUGUGUAAUGUGACGCCAAGGCUUUCUUUUGCCUUUUACGAUUGUACACAAACGGAGUAGACUUCACGUCACGGAGAGAGACAGAGAGAUCUCAAACAUUUACCAAUUAUUGCACGCAUGCGCACACAAAACACACAUUUCUUUCAAUCAUUGAUUUGACUUUUAAUAAUAAUAAUAAUAAGAAUAAUACUGUAGUACUGCUUCAGGAAAGACUCACACACUCAUAUUUCCAGCUCCGCUUCUCUGAUACUGUAUUCCAGUGAGAAUUUCUGACCAGAAUGUUCCACUUCCAAUCCAAGCAGCUUUCAAUUGGUCAGAUUAUUCAAUAUGAGUGAAAAAUCACACAAAAGUAUGUGUUGUGUACAUAUCUGUGUUGUCAUCGUAGUUGUAGCAAUGAUGAAGGUCUGUAUUGUGUGUUUAAAGGGGCCGUUCACCCAAAAAUUCAUAUGCACUCACAUAUGUGAAAGUAGGUAUAAACCUUUAUGAGUUUCUCUCGUUUGUUGAUCACUAAAGAAGAUACUUUGAAGAAUGCUGAAAACCGGUAACCAUUGAGGAAAAACAAAUACUGUAGAAGUCAAUGGUUACAGGUUUUCAACAUUCUUCAAAAUAUCUUCUUUAGUGUUUAACACAGAAAAGAAACUCAAACUGUGUUGGAACAAGUAAAUAGAGACGGAAAUUACUGUUUUGUGGGGGGGUGGCGGUGGGGGGUGGUUGAGAGUUGUCACUGUGUGGGCAGAGGCUGUUUGAGUGCAGAAUAUCACAUGGCUAUCAGCCAAUCAGAUUUGAGAACCAGACAUAUCAGUUAAUAGAACAAACCAAGUCUAAACAACUAUAAACUGCUACUCAAAUGGUUUACACAAACAACAGAAGUUGAGUUUAGGUAUUAGGAAUGCUCUAAUGAACUGUUCAGAUCUUAAUAAUAGACAGAUUAUAAUAAUAAUACAGUCAUAAAUAACAUGAAUUGUGAACUAAACUAAAGUGUUUCCUAAAUGUCCUGCAUUUUUUGGGUGAACUGUCCCUUUAAGGUGCCUUUUUAACGUAUACAAAAACACAACUUGACGUUUGGUUGUUUCUAUUUUUGCAUGAAGGGAUUGGAAAGGGAUGGAUUUUCUCUUCUGUGUUGUUAUUUAUAACGGGGCCGCCGUUGGUUGGUCAGAUGUGUUUCUGCUGGUGCAUCACUGCUGCAGUUCCUCAAGCUAAAAUGGCAUUAGAGUAUUGAUUAGCAAAGGCCUUAAGAAAUUUCAGCCACGGGGCCCGAAAACCCUAAUAUACAGUAUGCACCCUUGUGUUAAUCUAUUUAUUUAUUUGCUUGUUUGUUUUGUUCUUUUUAGCUUUUGUGUCUUGCAGUCUUUUUCAUAAAUCAGUCAAUUAUCUCCUUUUCUACAUUUUGUUUCUUAAAAUAAACAAAUAACUAAAAUAA